AGAUGUUAGACAAAAGGAACUGAAAGAAAAGUAUCAAGACUUACUACAAUAUACUGAGGUUAUUUCUUAUAUUAUACUUGAAGAAGCUGAAUAUAAACUAAGAGAUACUAUCAGUAUCAAAGAGAAGGAAAGAAUUGAAUUGAAACAAGAAAUAUCAAUGGCUCGAGUAACUGAGGUAGAAUCAUUGUUUGUUCAAAGUGAUACUGAAUCAGUUAAAGAAGUUCAGGAAGAACCACUUUAUGAAGAGUUGACUGUACUGAGGUCUCAGUUUAAUAAAAUACAAAAAGAAAACAAAGAAUUGUCAGACAAAUUAUCAAAAAUGAAGGUUGAGUAUUUGAGAUCACUUAGUAAUAUUGAUUCAGCUGCUAGUAAAGUGAGAAGAGGAAUGUCUUUUGAAAUUGAUGACUGCAAGUUUCAUCUUGAAGCAAUGACAAGACCAGACUACAAGCCAUUAGUAGAUAAUAAAAGAAUAAUAGAGAAAUUACAAGAAAGAAUAACAUUAAUGAAUAUGGAACUAAUGACUGAACGAGAAUACACUGAGAAGAUUAAAAAAGAUAUUAAAGAUCAUUUGAAAGAUAAAGAGACUGUAGAUGAAGAGACUGAGACAGAUACUAGUCUGAGUGAUGAUUAUGAUGAAUCAGAGGAUAAAGAAACAAUCUGGUUAUAUUGUAAUCAUCCUGUUACUGGCGAAAUAACGGAGUCAUUACUUAAAGUGGAUAAAGAUGAACUACUACCCAGUGUACUGGAUAAAGCUUAUGAGUUAGUGGAAUUAGCCCCUCAUAUUCCUAUUGAGAGGUGUCGUUUGGUUAAGUAUAAUUGUGAGUAUCAAGUAAUGGAUCAGUCCUUUGAUCUUGAUGAGUAUGGGCAUCUGACUAUUGGACAGAUUAUGGGUGGGGCUGAAUAUUAUGAUAUUUUCUUACAAACACGUAAAGAGAAUGAAACCUUUAAGAAAUACAAUGAUGGAGGUAUUAAUCUAUUUAUAUCAGUGGUUGAUCUGUUAACUGGCGAAGUAGGAUCAGCUGAACUAGUGAGAAGUGAAGAAGGAUGGACUGUUGAAGAAUUAAAACAACAUAUAGCAGAAUUUUUUAAUGAUAUCAAUGUAUCAUUUAUGAGACUAGUAAUGGAGAAGGAGGAUUACCGGGGUUUUAAUGCAGCCUAUAAUAUUAGUGAUGUAGGAGGUACUCUAGGGGAGAUCAGGCUAUAUGGAGAAUUGAUCUUUAGUCCAUACAAACUAUUCUAUGUAUCAUCAGAUCCUAAAGAUUAUCAAAGAGAAUUUAAAGAUAGUUUGAUGUACAGAUAUGUUGACUUUCACGUCAAAUGGAUCAUACGACUGAACAUUACAAUACCUCCUGGACCUGAAGCCAGUUGUACUACAACUAACAUAGUCGAAAGAGAAAAAGAAAUGAAAAUUAUAUCUAUAAAAGAGGAAAAGAAAGAAAAAGAAAGAAAGAUGCAGGUACAAGUUAAUAAGAAAAUAACAUUAACUCAGUUGAAGGAGGAGCUGGUUCCACUGAUUGGUGUACCACCUACUGGUUUUAUAGUGUAUGGAUUUAAUGGUUAUUUAGAAUAUGAAAUGGAAGGGCUGUAUGAUACACUAAUGGAUAUUAAAUCUGGAUCAGAGUUGAUAGUAAGACUGGGUAGAGGAUUAGGAAGAGGAGAGGUCAAAAUUAAAUUAUAUUUAUUACAAGUUAACAAUACUGAGUUUUGUAAGUAUAUGAUGAAGCAUAUUGUUACUAACGGUAUACCAGUGGGAGAAUUUAAGAAAGAAAUUAUUGAAGAAGCAAAAGUACAAGGAAUUGACUGUGUCCUUGAAUUAGACAAAAUGAGAUUACGUUACAAGGAUGGAGUGUCUCCUGGUAAAGUAGAUCGUGAUGAUAUAAUUUGGAUUAGUUCUUAUAGUAAGGAAUUGUAUGUGGAACCAUUGAAAGGACCAGAGAAGAAAUAUGAUAAACAGAUACAGGUGUAUGUUAUAAGAUGGCGUCCAUCACAAUGUUCAGUUGAUCCAAUAGAAGAAAUUAUACUGGAUAAUGAUGAUUCUCCUGAUCAUGUUAUUUAUGAGCUGUCACGGUUAAGUGGAGUUCCUGUUAGAGAUAUCAGCUGUAUAAAGGGUAAACCAUUUCCAGUUGAGGUAUCAUGUCUUGACAUUGAGGAUAAGUUGGACUGGUAUUCCAUCACUUCAGAGAGAUACCCAAUAAGACUAUACAACCAAGAUGGAUAUGUCAUAUAUUACAAAGACAAUAAAGAGAGAAUGAAAGAGUUAACAGAUAAAGAGAGAUCAGAAAUACAAGAGGCAGAGAAAGCAAGGUUGAAGAAGAUUAGGGAAUGCAAAUCAAAGCAUGGACAAUAGUAUUGGAUAAUUGUAACUAAAUGGAUUGUUUUAAUUUCUAAGCAUCAUAUUAAUUUUUAUUUUUGUAAUUGCAAUCCUGCAAAAAAUUACUUGAUGCUACAUGUAUGUAA